AUGAUUGAGCAGUCUGAUCCGGCGUUGAAACAACUGAAUACACUCAAAGAAGUGCAACGUUUCAUGCAAAAAAGUGACAUCACAAUUGUUGGCUUUUUCAGUGAUAAAAAUGCCGUUUUGCUGGAUAGUCUAAGUGAGGCUGCUGAAAUGACACGAGGUGAUUUUGCCGUUGGCGUUUGUUCGGAUGAUUCGGUUGCGAAGCAUUUUAAAGUGAGCGCAAAUCAGAUCGUCAUUUUCUUUCCUGAAAUGUUCUGGAGCAAAUAUGAGCCAAAACAAAUCGCUUACAAAAAGGAUGAAGGCACGGCUGAAGAUUUGUUAACAUUUUUCCGCGAAAAUUCAACACCGCUUGUUGGUUGGAGAAGACGGACAAAUGUUGCAACUCGAUAUACAAAAUUUCCGCUUGUUGUCGUCUAUUAUAAUGUUGAUUUCUCGUUGGAGUAUCGUGAAGGGACACAGUUUUGGCGCGCUAAGGUACUAGAGAUAGCGAAUAAAUAUAAGGACGACAAAUAUCGGUUCGCUGUGGCCGAUGAAGAAGAAUUCGCUGAUGAACUGGAAGCAGUUGGCUUGGGUGACAGCGGACUUGAGCAUAACGUUUUGGUAUUCGGUUACGACGGCAAAAAGUACCCAAUGCUUCCAGAAGAUUUCGAUGGCGAAUUGGAUGAAAAUUUGCCGCUGUUCAUGAAAAAGUUGUCCUCAGGGAAGAUUAAGCCGUUUGUGAAAUCGGCACCAUUGCCGAAAGAUGACAAAGGGCCAGUGAGGACUGUUGUUGCAACAAAUUUCGAGCAAGUUGUGUUCGAUGAAGGAAAAGAUGUGCUGGUCGAGUUCUAUGCUCCGUGGUGCGGUCAUUGCAAAGCAUUCGAGCCGCAGUACAAACAAUUGGCGACAAAGUUCAAAACAGAAGAGCCGAACUUGGUAUUUGUGAAAAUCGAUGCAACAGCCAAUGAUGCUCCAAAGAACUACGAGGUGCAAGGAUUUCCGACCAUUUAUUUUGCACCGGUUGGAAAGAAAGAGCAUCCGAUCAAGUAUGAAGGGGAUCGUAAAUUGGACGAUCUCACUGAGUUCAUGAAAAAGCAUGCCGUCGUAUCAUUUCAAGGCAAAACCGAACUUUGA